UAUUUUUAUUUUUUUGACUAUCUGUGUGCAAUCUGUCAGAUUUGACAUUGACAAUUGCCUUAACCAAGUGACAAAACUUUUGGUCCGUGUGCAAUUUUGGAUGAAUUGUUUAUAAUUAUUAAUUUUCCAUAAAUUAUUCGGGUUGUGUGAAUUAUGUUUGAAUUCGUCAUUAGUUUUAAGUUUAUAAAGGGUGUAAACAUUUGAUUUUAAUUGUUCAAGAUGACAUCAUAUGGGGAUAAAACAGAAGCGUUAUAUGAUUUUGAAGGAGAUUAUGCUGGUAAAAAAGAAAAGGAAAAUAAGAAAAAAAGAAAAUUUGGUAAAGCUGAUGGGGGAGAUGAAGAAGAGGAGAUUUUUAUUUCACCCGAUUAUAAUACUGUAAUCGUUCGGAAUGAUGGUAAAAAGGGUGAUUGGGAAAUUGCUGAUGAGAUUAAAUUUCACACCGAACAAAUUCCACCAUUAAAAACACCAACGAAGGACAAAAUGCCACCGUUAUCCACAGAAUUAGAACAUCAAACAAAACCAUUACUUGAAAACAACACAUCGAAUAUAUCACAAAUAUGUGACGUCACAGUUAGUAUAGAAGGCAUGACGUGCAAAUCAUGUGUAGAAUCAAUUGAAGGAAUGAUAUCGAAAAAAGACGGUAUAAAAAACAUUAAAGUUAGUUUAGCAGAUAAAGAAGGAUAUGUCAAAUAUGAUUCAUCGAUAACGAAUCCGGAUGAUAUUGUGGCCGCUAUUGAAGAUAUGGGUUUUGAUGCAACCGUACCAAAUUCGGCACAACUUGCACAUACAAGUAUAACAACGAUUAAUGUGGAGGGUAUGACUUGCCAAUCGUGUGUCAAAAAUAUAGAGUCAGUAGUAUCCGAGAAACCAGGUAUUACAAAUGUCUGUGUGGACUUACAGAAAAAAGAAGCUGUUGUUAAUUUUGUUACAAAUAAAACAUCUGCUAUCGAAAUUGCGGAUGUUAUAAAUGAUAUGGGCUUUGAUGCUUUUGUGAAAUCUGUUAAUGGAGUAUCAGCAAAAAAAGAUAGAAUCAAAACAGUAUCUGAUAUAGUCCAAAACAAUACUUCUGAAAUCAAUUCAGGAGAAGCUUGCGGUGACGAAAACAAAGCAUUACAGACAUGUUACCUACAUAUUAAGGGGAUGACAUGUGGAUCUUGUGUCGCUGCCAUAGAAAAACAUUGUAGCAAAAUAUAUGGUGUUCAUAAUGUUUUGGUUGCAUUAUUAGCAGCAAAAGCAGAAGUUAAAUAUGAUCCAUCCUUAAUACAAUCUCAUGAAAUAGCAGCAUCUAUAUCUGAUCUAGGUUUCGAAACAUCCGUUAUAGAUUCAGGAUCUGGAGAUGGUGAAGUGGAAUUAAUUAUAAAUGGAAUGACGUGUGCAUCAUGUGUAAAUAAAAUUGAGCGUGCGGUAUCUAAAAUUGUUGGUGUUAAAUCAGCGGCUGUGGCUUUAACAACAAAACGGGGUGUAUUCAAAUAUGACAGUGAAAUGACAGGACCGCGUGAUAUUGCUGAUGUUAUAAAUAAUUUGGGUUUUGCUGCAUCACCUCUCACAGCUAAAGAUAGCGGCCAUGCUUAUUUAGAACACAGGGAAGAAAUAUCUCGAUGGCGUAAUACAUUUUUAGUAUCAUUAAUAUUUGGUGCUCCAUGUAUGAUUGCAAUGACAUACUUCAUGAUGCGUAUGACAAUAUAUCCAGAAGAUCAUCAUACAAUGUGCUGUAUUUUACCAGGUUUAUCAUUAGAGAAUUUAAUAAUGUUUAUAUUUUCAACGCCCGUACAAGUAUUAGGUGGCUGGCAUUUUUAUAAACAAGCAUUUAAAGCAUUAAAACAUCGAACCACAAAUAUGGAUGUCUUAAUAACAAUGGCUACCUCAAUAUCAUACAUUUAUUCAUUAGCUGUAUUAAGUGCUGCAAUGAUCUUACAAUUACAUUCUAGCCCACAAACAUUCUUUGAUACAACACCGAUGCUUUUAAUAUUCAUUAGUUUAGGUCGUUGGCUAGAACAUAUUGCUAAAGGAAAAACAAGUGAGGCUCUGACCAAAUUAUUAUCUUUAAAAGCAACAGAAGCCGUUCUUGUUGUAAUCGGGAAAGAUAAUGAAAUAACAUCUGAAAAAUUAAUAAAUGUUGAUCUAGUUCAACGUGGUGAUUUUUUAAAAGUAGUACCCGGUGCUAAAGUUCCUGUAGAUGGUCGUGUAGUUAUUGGUUAUUCAACAUGCGAUGAAAGUUUAAUCACUGGUGAAAGUAUGCCUGUGCCAAAAAAGAAAGGUUCGGUAUUAAUUGGUGGUUCAAUUAAUCAAAAUGGACUUAUUAUAAUGACUGCAACACAUACUGGUGAAAAUUCUACACUAUGCCAAAUUGUCCGAUUAGUUGAACAAGCUCAGACAAGUAAAGCGCCAAUACAACAAUUAGCUGAUAAAAUUGCAGGAUAUUUUGUUCCAUUAGUUAUAAUCGCUUCAACAUUAACACUUAUUGGUUGGAUUAUUGUUGGAUAUUGGCGUCAUGACUUAUUGCCCGUUCAUACAAUGGACGUCGGAGAAUUUAAUAAAACUGAAAUUAUACUUCAAUAUGCAUUCCGUUGCGCAAUUAGUGUUUUAGCAAUUGCUUGUCCAUGUGCGUUGGGUUUGGCUACACCCACUGCUGUUAUGGUUGGUACUGGCGUUGGCGCACAAAAUGGUAUUUUAAUUAAAGGUGCUGAACCAUUGGAAAAUGCCCAUAAAGUAAAAGCUAUUGUAUUUGAUAAAACUGGAACAAUUACAAAAGGCAUACCGCAAGUGGCAAGAGUAUCACUUUAUUCAAAUGGUCCUGUAUAUUCAUUGCAAACAUUUUUGGCGGUAAUUGGCACAGCUGAAGUGAAUAGCGAACAUCCAAUUGCUUCUGCAAUUGUUAAAUGUUCCAAAGAAAUAUUGGCAUCAGAUAUACAAGGUAAAUGUAGUGAUUUUCAAACAGUUCCUGGAUGUGGUUUAAAAUGUACGGUUUCUCAUAUUGAUCCAUUAUUAAUUGCAAGUGAACAAUCAGAGCCUUUAAAAAAUUUUAAAAAUAUGACCAGACCAGGCUCAUUUGGAACAUUCCAUUUAAAUGAUGUAAUGAUUGAUAUUUUACAAUUUAAAGAAGACUCCAAUGUCAAACAUUUACAUAAUUUAUUGAACAUUGAGAAUGAAGCAUCAUCAGCCACAAAAGAAAGUUAUAAUGUAAUUAUAGGAAACAGAGAAUGGAUGAUUAGAAAUGGUUUUACAUUACCAACAGAAAUGGAUAAUCGAAUGGCAGAAGAAGAACAAUUAGGUCGAACUGCUGUUUUAUGUGCAGUAGAUGGUCAUCUCAUAGCCAUUGUCAGUGUGGCUGAUAUGGUAAAACCAGAAGCACAUUUAGCUGUAUACACCUUAAAACGUAUGGGUCUACAAGUAUUCUUAUUAACUGGUGAUAAUCGUUUAACUGCCGCAAGUAUUGCACGAGAAGUUGGUAUUAGUCGAGUAUUUGCUGAAGUAUUGCCAUCACAUAAAGUAGCUUUAAUUCAACGAUUACAAAAAACUGGAGUAAGAGUUGCUAUGGUUGGUGAUGGGGUUAAUGAUAGUCCAGCCUUAGCACAAAGUGACGUUGGUAUUGCAAUCGCAAAUGGUACAGAUGUUGCUGUCGAAGCAGCCCAUGUUGUACUUAUGAGGAAUGAUCUUCUAGAUGUAAUUGGAUGUUUAGACCUAUCCAGAAAGACUGUAUCAAGAAUAAGACUGAAUUUUAUAUUUGCCAGUAUGUAUAAUUUAAUAGGUAUUCCAUUAGCUGCUGGAAUAUUUAGCUCAAUUGGGUUUAUGCUACAGCCAUGGAUGGCUGCAGCCGCAAUGGCAUUGAGUUCUGUGUCUGUAGUUGGAUCUUCUCUAUUACUAAAAUUAUACAAAAAACCAACUAGAAGAGACUUAGAAACAACCGAAUAUAAAGCAGCUGUCUUAGCAUCUCAACAAGCACAAGAUCUCGAUACAAUAAGUGUACAUAGAGGUAUCGAUGACGUAUCAACAAAACCCAUAUUUAGAUCAACUUCCAGUACUCUCUCCAGUCUUUGGUCAGUUGUUAAUACUACCAAAAAACAGAAAGCAAACGUUGUUGCUUAAAUAAAGCUUUUUAAGUUACUGACCCGUGGAAAACCAGAUGAGCGUCUGUUAUCAACAUCCGAAGAUAACGAUGAAUUUACAGUGAACUUCUUAAAUCAAUCAUCAACAGCGUAAAAUCACU